CUCCUCCUCCUCCUCCCUCCUCUUCCCCACCUUCCUCCACUCCCUCCCUUCCCCUCCCCUUCUACCUCCUCCUCGGCCAGCUCAGGUUGCAGCUUCUCUGGGGAACUGCUCACCUUUCCGGAGCAGGGGAAGCUGCCCCGUGCCCGGGCGGGGACCCCAGCAGGGCGCAGGUCACGGCACCCAACCCCGCGGCACCCCGGCCGUCGCGGGAGGGAGCGGACGCACCGCGGCCCCCAGGACACGCGCGGUGAGUCCCGCGGGCGGUGCGCCGGGGAGGAAGGGGAGAUCGGAGGAGGGGGCACCGCGGCGCCGGGUGUACGGAGCAAAGGACCUGGCUGCCCGGUCCCUCAUGAUCAUGAACAAGAUGAAGAACUUUAAGCGCCGUUUCUCCCUGUCAGUGCCCCGCACUGAGACCAUCGAAGAGUCCUUGGCUGAAUUCACAGAGCAAUUCAACCAGCUCCACAACCGGCGGAACGAGGACUUGCAGCUCGGUCCUCUUGGCAGAGACCCCCCACAGGAGUGCAGUACCUUCUCCCCAACGGACAGCGGGGAGGAGCCGGGGCAGUUGUCCCCCGGUGUGCAGUUCCAGCGGCGGCAGAACCAGCGCCGCUUCUCCAUGGAGGUGAGGGCCUCUGGAGCUCUGCCCCGGAAGGUGGCAGGAUGCAUGCACAGGGGUGUGCACAGGAGGGCAGCUGCCUUACAGCCAGACUUUGACGUCAGCAAGAGGCUCUCUCUGCCCAUGGAUAUCCGCCUGCCCCAGGAAUUCCUACAGAAGCUACAGAUGGAGAGCCCAGAUCUGCCCAAGCCGCCCAGCCGCAUGUCCCGCCGGGCCUCCCUGUCAGACAUUGGCUUUGGGAAACUGGAAACAUACGUGAAACUGGACAAACUGGGAGAGGGCACCUAUGCCACAGUCUUCAAAGGGCGCAGCAAACUGACGGAGAACCUCGUGGCUCUGAAAGAGAUCCGGCUGGAGCAUGAGGAGGGAGCGCCCUGCACUGCCAUCCGAGAGGUGUCUCUGCUGAAGAACCUGAAGCACGCCAAUAUUGUGACCCUGCAUGACCUCAUCCACACAGAUCGGUCCCUCACCUUGGUGUUUGAGUACCUGGACAGUGACCUGAAGCAGUAUCUGGAUCACUGUGGGAACCUCAUGAGCAUGCACAACGUCAAGAUUUUCAUGUUCCAGCUGCUCCGGGGCCUUGCCUACUGUCACCACCGCAAGAUCCUGCACCGAGACCUGAAGCCCCAGAACCUGCUCAUCAACGAGAAGGGGGAGCUGAAGCUGGCCGACUUCGGACUGGCCAGGGCCAAGUCAGUGCCCACAAAGACCUACUCCAAUGAGGUGGUGACCCUGUGGUACAGGCCCCCCGAUGUGCUGCUGGGAUCCACAGAAUACUCCACCCCCAUUGAUAUGUGGGGCGUGGGCUGCAUCCACUACGAGAUGGCCACAGGGAGGCCCCUCUUCCCGGGCUCCACAGUCAAGGAGGAGCUGCACCUCAUCUUCCGCCUCCUGGGGACCCCCACAGAAGAGACGUGGCCCGGCGUGACCGCCUUCUCCGAGUUCCGCACCUACAGCUUCCCCCGCUACCUCCCGCAGCCGCUCAUCAACCACGCGCCCAGGUUGGAUACGGAUGGCAUCCACCUCCUAAGCAGCCUGCUCCCGUAUGAAUCCAAGAGUCGCAUGUCAGCAGAGACUGCCCUGAGUCACCCCUACUUCCGGUCUUUGGGAGAGCGUGUGCACCAGCUUGAAGACACUGCCUCCAUCUUCUCCCUGAAAGAGAUCCAGCUCCAGAAGGACCCAGGCUACCGAGGCUUGGCCUUCCAGCAGCCAGGACGAGGGAAGAACAGGCGGCAGAGCAUCUUCUGAGCCAUGCCCACCCUGCCGUGGCCCAAGGGACAAGAGAUCACAUGGACCACAAAUUCGGGUAGGAUGGAACCUGUGUGGCCCUCAGAGGACUGAAGAACAAGGGCUGACAGCCAGCCCAGAAGACCGUUUGGCAGCCCUGCUGGCCACGGCUGUUUCUUCUCUGUGCUUCCCACGUGCCUCCCCAGUAGUCCUCACCUGCAUACCAACCCCUCCAUUACCCACGUCGGGGCUGGCAUGAGCUGCUUCCCUGAGAGGACAUGAGAAGGAGGGGGGACCUUGUACCCUCUCCCACCCUGAAGUGUUUGGGCACCUGCGUGGGAUGCACAUGGGCGAGAGAAUUAAGGCACCAGGAUGGGCACUGUGCCCUGGAUACAGGGUUUACCCUCCUCCCCCGGGGGCCUGCCUAGGGCCAGUUUGGUAGUCCCCUUUUCUGGCCCCUUGGAGCCCACAGAUGUUUCAUCUUUUUCCCUUCUGAGAGCAAGAAGAGACAUGGCAUGCUCUCUGGGACCCUGGAAUCCUAGGUGCCCACAUGUGUGCCAAAGCCUGCCCUACCUGGCAGGUGUCCCACAGCAACAGAAGGAGUAGUGGUCCCCUUUCUUUCCAUCAGCCCUACCCCACCCUCAUUCCCCCGACUCCCUCUGGCUUGAACCGUGGCUGAGCAGCGCCGGCUGAGCAGCUAUGUCCAGAGGUGGCCUGGGUCCGCCAGUUGCAUGCCUGCCACCUCAGCCAGCCCCCACCCAGCUCACCAGUCUGAAUGGAGUUGCCUUAAAUUGGCAGGUGGUAGCGUGCUCACUGCUCUUGGAGCUGUGAUCGGCUCCUGCCUGUCCACCCCAUCCCCAGGUGGCUCCUGCUUAUCUUACCAUCCUGGGGCUCUGAUUAGCCAGGCCUGGUCAGGGUCCUGGGGACGGCACCCAGAUAUGCAGAGUCACCCUGACACUGGUACCGGGCUGACCUCAGCUCCCGGAGGGUUGCACAGCCUCCCCAUCCCUCCUUCCCGGCCCUUGUGGCUCGUGUCCACCUGAUCCCAAUACCAGCUUUCCCGAGCCCCUGCCACCCCAGAGGGCAGCCACGACAGGGAAAGGUGUAGAUGCCACCAUCUGAGGUAGAGGAAUGUGGACCAGGAGCAGGCUGUGAUGCUGAGACACUUGCCUCCGGGGGCCUGGAGCCUGGGGGUCCAGGGCCCCUGAAGAAGGCUCCCCUCUGUAUCCCCCAGGUCUCCUCAACACUGGACUGAUCCUGAAUGGCACAGGCCAAGGGGAGGCUAGCCUCACCUUUCUACCCAGGCCCACUGCCCUGCCCACCUCAAGCCCCCACCCUCCACUCCUCCCCACGGUACUGUGAAUAUCCUGUGACUCAGCGCAGAGACAGAUAAUAUAUUUAAUUCAUGUUGUACAGAAAGGA